AAUGUUUGGUCAGUUGCAUGUAGCAUUUGGGUACACUGCCAAUUUCAUCGAAACAGUGCCCAGCAUUCCCAAAUCCAAACCCUAACAAAUUGGACUGAACUUUUACCUUCAAUCACUUUCCCGAUCAAAACGAUUUAUAGUUUUAUACUAUCUCCCCUUUUUCUUUUAACUACGAAGCUGGGAAAAAAGAAGUAACUUUCCUUUUAUUGUGUUUUACCCAGGUUUGAACUGGAAAAAUGCUGAUGGGACAUGCAGAAGGGGUUCCGAAACUCGGUUCAACGUCGAAGUUACUGCAUUCUGAUCCUGAAUCAGAGCCUGAUGAUGAAGAAGAAGCUGAUACUCCUGAACAGAUACUAUACAUGGCUUCUUUUGAUGAACUUGGAGCGGAAAGUGUUCAGUAUGACACUAUAAUAUGGCUCUCUAUAUCGUUGCUGUUGGUUUUAGCUUGGGGGAUUGGAAUAAUUAUGUUACUCUAUCUGCCCAUACGAAGAUAUGUGCUUAAAAAGGAAAUUUCAUCACGCAAACUUUAUGUUACUCCAGAUGAAAUAGUUUACAAGGUGUCAAGACCUUCAUUUAUACCAUUUUGGGGACACAUAAAAUUUGAAAAGCACGUUCCUCUUCCUUUAGUGAUAGAUAUUAUUAUUGAACAAGGUUGCUUGCAGUCAAUGUUUGGUCUGCACACCUUCAGAGUUGAAAGUAUAGCCCGUGGAAAAGCUGCACCAGUUGAUGAACUGCAGGUGCAAGGUGUACAUAAUCCUGGAGUCCUAAGGAAGGUCAUCGUAACUGAAGCAUCAAAGGUCAUACAUGCUGGAAGGAGUUGGAGAUCAGUGGUUCAAGGUGGUGACGGUGAAAGUAUUUCUCGCAUGGAGUCUUUAACUCAGGCUCCAGCUGUUUUGAGAUCACCAUCUAAAACUUUAAAGCUGACGGGCUCCCCACGCCAUGCUUCAAUGGAGCCCAGAAGUUUUGUAUCUUCUGAUUUUCUGCUUCAUAAGCUUGAAGAAGUUAAUAAAUCAGUGAAGAAAAUUGAGUUUCUUAUCGAGAAGUCCCCAGCCACCCCAGGAAGCAGCUAACAGAAUGAUAUAUGUCUUUGCCUCGGUAACAUAAGUGCUUAUCUGAACCAGGAAAAGUUGCUUACAUAGAAACUCUCAAGCAGCCCCGGGGAGCAUCUAUUGGGUCUUACUUUGUGCCUCGUUGGCUUUUCCUUCUAAGAGCUAAUGUACCCAGAAAAGUUAAAUUUGCGUGUGGCACUCCAGGAAGCAGCUAAUAGGAUAUAUAUGCCUCAUGAUUUUAGCGUUUGCAAUGCAAAUUAACCGGUUUAAGCCAUAGGGUGUGAGGUCUUCCCUACUGGUUAUAGUUCAUCAGCAUGAGAGUGUGGCAAUCUAGAGUGUAGAGUCGCUACAAGUUUGGAUCAACUUUUGGACCAUAAACAGAGAGACGCUCUCUUUCAAGCAGUUAUACUUGGCCUCACUUGUAAUAAAGAACCUAGAGCCACAUUUUAAUUUCAAGUGGAAAAUCUUAAACUGUUUGUUGAUAACCUAAAUUUUAGUUGUAUUUGAAUUUGAGCCUAUACCCGGGUUUGGAUAAAUGACCCAUCUUAUAAACA